UGUCACACGGAGGUGAUGCGGCUUAUGCGAUAGCAUUUAAAGGGCGAGAGAGAGAGAGAGACGCCGAGGCCGAGACGAGCGCGAGCGGCAUUGGAGGCGCUGUGGGCGACCGGGGCGCUGUCCAUGGUGCUGCUCCAGAGGGUGUCCGAGGCGGUGCGCGAGCCGAGAAGAUCCAACUUCGAGAUGAUGUAGCCGACGGCAGAUCGAUGAAGCGGACACUGCCCACGCCUCCCGCACAUGCCCCCUGCACAGCCUCGUCGUCUGCCCGUGGCCCCGCACCGCUCAAACUCAGUGGCAAGGCGGCGGUGCCAAUGGCGGGAGCCGCGCGGGACUUGCGCAGAGCGCACGAGGGCACGAGGAUCUCGCGUGCUCCGAGCGGUGGCAGCAACUGCGGCGGCGGGGGUGGCGGCGGCGGCAGUGGCAUGGUGUUCCAGCCGAGGCCAAAGGACGCGGCGGUCCGGCAGGGCACCGCACGCGGACAGCUGAGUCAGGACAUCGAGCGGGAGCUGGAGCUAGUGGAGCACGAGUCGGCCAAGCUGCGUGAGCAGCAGGCGCGCCUCGACGAGGAGGAGCGCGAGAUCGACGCCAAACUGCGCCACCUUGAGAUGGGCAUGCUGAGACGCAAAGAGGCGCUCGUCAGGGACAGGGAGAAGAGGAAGAUGGACUUCCUGCGGGAGGCCGGUGGCCAGAGCCGCGACUGCCUAUCGGACGGCGAGGCACGCGUUGGUCAGGCAAAGUCCGCGGGAAGCGGGCAGCACUCGGAGAGACCGAGGACGGCGCCGGAAGAGGUUUCCCUCGGCGGGCACGACGGGGCCGCUCGAGGCAGCAAGACGGACGAUCGGCUGCUCCUGCUGCAGCAGCAGCAGCAGCAGCAGCAGCUGCAGCAGCAGCAGCAGCAGGACUCUUGUGUCGCGGAUGCACAUUACAAAGCACAAUCUUCUUGCUACGUGGCCGAGCCCACGCAGUGUAGCAAACCGUACGGUGAAUAUUCGGAGAGCAGCCACCGUGGUGGCACACAUUUUCAGCACAUGUUCAGCCCAGUGGAAUUCCCGACAAGGGACAGCAAGCAUGACGGGUACAUGACAGACAGCCAGGGCAGUGUUGAUUCUCAAUCAUCUAGUCUGUUAAACAAAGAUGAUGGAUCUGCAAAUAAAACACCUGCAAUGUUCAUUCCCAUGACCAGUUCUCCAUCAGACUACCACAAGCACAGCUACUUGUCUGCAUCGGACCACGCAUUAGUCCCUAACAAUAUUGGUGCGUCCAGGUCUGAAAGUCAAGAACUUAGUGACAGAUUUUCUGUCUCACCGGGAUGUCAGUCCACCCAAAUCUCAUCAUAUCAACAGUACAGUCAUAAACAACUGCAGUUCCAUUCUCAAAAACCUAUCAAUGGGCAAAUAUCCAGCAUGGAGCCCAAACUAUUGACAAAUUACGAGGUCAUUGAAAGCCACGAUCCCCUCAUGAUGUCGCCGACAUCGACAGAUAGCCUGGGCGACAGCGUCGACAUGAGGCUGCCUCUCGACGACCGAGGCAGCAUCGUGGGCAGUCCUUUGUCGAGCAUUUCAGCAGAGUCGUUUUACACGGACCUGGAUCAGCAGGUGCCACGCAAUUAUGUCCUCAUAGAUGACAUCAGUGAGUUGACUGGAGGAGGCUUUCUCGUGGAUGGAAUGGACGCUCAGAAUUCGGACGGCGCUUACAGCAGGAGUCUACCCAGCGCCACCGAAUUAAAUGAUUUUGUGGGAUCCUCAAGCCAAGGAAGAGCUCAUUCCCGGUACAACCAAAAGCCCGACAAGGCCAACGACUUUAUCGCAAUCCCCGUGGCAACUAGAGCCCACCCGUUCCGGAGUUUGUCCGAUGAGGCGUCCGUAGAUCCGCUUGAAAAACAAAUGAAAAGGCAAAUACAGCAAGGUUUUCGUAGGGGGUCUGAGUCGUUAGAUCACGUGGUGAGUCCUUUGAUGUUUGACCUUAAUGAUAAUAAGUACAGGAAUGCAUCAAGAUCUGACAAAUACAGUAUGAGUCGAAUAACUUUGGAGAAAGAGGCAGCGAAGCAGCUAACACCACCGUUUAUAUCAAGCCAAAGCAAAAGCAGAAAACCCGAUUUAGACGGUAGGAUUUUUAAGUUCCCAUCACUGGACAAAAGUGAGGAUGUUGAGAAGGAUUUUUUGGCUUAUAAGAAUUCUUCCCCCAAAAUGGAAAGAUCUGUUGUGUUGAGGGAAAAACGACUGCAGGGUGGGGAUACAUCUGCAAAUUUUAGGCAAAGUAUUAAGUCUCAGCAGAGCUUUCACGGGUUGCCACACUUGAAAACAAGUGACAUUUGCAUUCCCAGAGGUAUUGGCUCCAGGCCAAGAUCGUCUUCUGUGUCUGGACUGGACGGCAUUACCUCCAGGAUGUCAGGUCUGUACGACCUUGAGUACAAGCGAUCGCGACCGUGCUCCGUGUACAACAUGGAGAUGAACAGGUCAGUUUCGCCCACCCCGUACAGCGCGAACCGGUCCCGACCGACCUCGGUGUACGGAGUUGACGAGGCCCGGGCGAGGCCAUCCUCUGCCACCGACUUCAACAGGAGCAGGUCCUUCUCGAUAACAGGACCGUCCAACGGCAGGGCGCAACCACCUCUCAUGCCUACACCCGAGAGCGGCAGGUUGCGGCCCUCCUCCGUGUACGGCGCUGAAGAACCCAAAGCGAGGCCGCCGCCAGAUUGCGGCAUAACGAGCAGCCGCUCGUGCUCCUUCUCGGCCUACAGGUCCGUGAUGAGCCGAACGCGCUCCUCUUCGUUCUCCGGCUUGGACGUCCGGAGGUCCAGGCCGUCGACCGUGUACGACUUGGACUUCUCGGCCUCGAAGCAGAAUUGCCAGGGAGGUGGGGGACAGCCGGCGGACGACCUGUGCGGUCCCUUCAACGCGGGCGUCAAGAUGAGGUCGAAGCCGUCCAGCUUGCCCAUCUCGCAGAGCGCCCGGCGGCUGUCGCUGACCGAGCAGAACUCCGACGAGGACGAGAGCCCUCUGAGCCCCGUGGUGCAGCCCAUGGGCAUGGCCCGCGCGGCCGCGGGGCCCCUCCCGCCCAUCUCCGCCGACUCCAGGGAGCAGUUCGGCUCGUGCCACUCCCUGCCCGAGGCCGACCGGCACGCCAAGGACCUGCACCGCCGCAGCCUGGACUGCGGCUUCACGCGCAUGGUGGACAACCUGAACCACGUGCUCGCAGAGAACGACGUGUGCUAUGCAAGGCACGGAGAUGCCAAGAAGAUGGAUAGGUCCCAGGAUGGUGGCUUCCAAAGCAGCAGCGGCGAUCACCACCAACGCCAGUUCUCCGAGCGGUUGCAGAAGUACGACUUCCCCCACUCCCGGAUUCGGCUCUCGCAGGAUUCCCAGGAGCGCAGCGUCUCAGGCAACGGGUUUGGCGUGCGUAUCGUGGGUGGAAAGGAGAUCCCUGGAACUUGCGGCCUAACAGGAGCCUACAUCGGCAGCAUCCUGCAGGGGGGAGCUGCUGAGAAGACAGGCCAGCUAAUGGAAGGGAUGCAGGUGCUGGAGUGGAAUGGCAUGCCGCUGAUGGGGAGGACCUAUGAGGAGGUGCAGCACAUCGUCGCUCAGCAGGACGAGGACCUGGAGCUGUGCGUCCGACUGGACCUCAAUAUGCUGCUGGAGACCAAGCGCAUGGACUCCACUGAGCAAGUGUACUCCCCUUCUGCUGAAAAACAAAAGUGCAUGGGGGUGGAUCCACAACAGCUGGCGCUGGAACUGAGAAAAGUGGCAAUGAGAGAGGCAUCUGACAGCAAUGAUGAGGACAUUCCCACAAACCCGGACUCGUCAUCAAACUCGUCCCUGAAACGAGAGCACUCCGCCUAUGACAGAGCCCUUCACGAACCCCAUGCUGGCAUCUCCAUGAACGGAAGGUCGACUUCGAAGCCGGAUCACGACGCAUUAAACAGGGCUAAACUGGAACUGCUCAGCACCAGCCAAUUGUCGAAUUCAAGACCUCCGCCAAAGACUGAUCAAAACAGCACUGGUUGUGCUGAUUCUGGGUGCUCUCCGAGACAUUCGCCCUCGCCAGGGUCAGCUUCCAUCCCGAGCCAAAGGCCCCCGAGGCUCGCAGAUUGUCAGCAGAGCACCGUGACCUCCUCCGGUUCUUGUUCGUCGCCAAAACAGUCGAGCGAAUCGUCGGGGAGGGCUCAAACGCCCGUGGACACCGCGACGGUUUCCCGUCUGUCCCCUGUCCUCCAGCAGACCCACCUCCCCCAGCCUUCUCAGAUAAAGGGCUUCUACCAGGGCCCUGAAUUGGGCCCAAAAGCUGGGCAGGUGUCACACAGUGCCCAGCCCCAGCACCCAUCAGGGCCCUACAUGCUGCCCUGCUCACCAUCAAGAUCAAAUUUUUCGGCAAACCAGUCAACGAACCGGCAACCAAGCCCCCCGCACGGCGGCUUUGUGCCCAAGCACCCAUAUACGGCAAUGCCUACUCAUUCCUCCCACCAUCCGAUUGUCAUUCACCACACGGACGACAGACAUCCACCGCAGCAUCUUCACAAUGCACCCCCGACUUAUUGUGUGGACAGAGCCACGUGCGCACCGAUGGACCGAUGCCAGCCUCUACAAAUGCACGGUGGCUGCGCUGCCAACAGCUCGUCGCCUAAACCCAUUCAGUCGGCCGCCGAAACGGGAAAUCCUCAGGCUGCGCAUAACGCGCCCCAUCCGAGUAGCCAAUCGCCAAGGCACGGUCUCGUGCCCCUCGAAAAGAUCGCCUUUCAGCAAAUGGCAACUACCUCAUCCCCGGCCUGCGCAGUCCCCCGACCAGUGCUGCCGGCUCACGGGCGGAGCGCGCCGCAGCCGCCGCAUGGAAGUUCCGCCGCCUUCUGCUCCAGCCCCAAACCGGCGCCUCCGGUUCCCGAGAGAAACCAGUCGCUCCAGGCGCACGGCGGCGGUGGCCCUGCACUGGGCCCUGAAGCGCGGCAGGCUCACCCGGCCCAGCAGCCACAAUCUUCGUACCGGGCGGUGAGCGCCGUGCCCCGUCCCAGCCACCCGCCGCAAGACAGAAACCAAGGGCAGGGCGUGCACGGUGUGCACGGCGCUCCGCCGCCGUACAGCACCAUCCCCAGGCCUGCCAGUCCGGGGCUCGACAGAAGUCAGCUGCAGCACGUGCAACCCGGCGCCCCGGCUUGCAGCCCAGCCGCGAAAGCCACGCGUCCUGUGCAGAGGACUCAGAAUGCACCUCCUCCCUACAGCGCAGUGCCCAGGCCGUACCCCCCGGCUUUGGACGGAUCUCAAGCACAUUACUCCCACGGCAACCCGGGAGCUGCGGGUCAAACCGUGGCGUGCAAUCAAGCGGGCGUGGUGGUCAGGAAGCAGCCUCAGUUCUUGCAGACUAUUGUGACGCCAUCGGGCGCCAUGUACGCGGUGGGGUUUCCCGGUGCAGAGCGCUAUCACGCCGAGUGCCACCAAGUGCUGCCCGAAAUGCCUCCUCAUCCGUGCUGCGCUCCGAUGCCCCCCGUGCAUGCGAGCAACGCUGUCAACAGCAGCGUUCCUCCUCCACCCAGCAGCACGUCUCACUCACAAGCCACGAGGAACAGUGGGGCAGCUGUCGACGCCUCCUUGCCUCCAAGAGCGCCGACAGCCUCUGCAGCCGCAGUGACGAAGAAGCAGCAGCAGCAGCAGGACAUUAAGCAACCUCAUGAAACAAUGCCACCUGCAGUGAUCGUUGGAGAAAUCCAGGCACAUGAAGGACAGCCAAAGCCAGAACUUGGAGAAAUACAGCUGCAGCUGCGGUACGAGGCGGAGGCGGGCGACCUCGUGGUGGGGGUGCUAUGCGCGCGUGGGCUGACCGCUCGCAACGGCAGUGGGAGCCUGGACCCCUUCGUCAAGGUCUACCUGCUGCCCGGGAAGGGGUCAGAAGUGAAAAGGAAAACCAAGUUCGUGCACAAGUCGCUGAACCCCGAGUGGAACCAAAGCGUUGUAUACCACGGCUUGUCCCGUGAAGAGCUGGAAAAGAGGACUCUGGAAGUUGCCGUGUGGGAUUACGAUCGAUUUGCAACCAACCAUUUCCUGGGAGAGGUGAACAUUGCACUAUGCAAAGCUUCAAACCUGGACGACACAGCCCGCUGGCACCGGCUCCAGGUGCAGUCGGACAGCGGUGAGCGACGCAAGCGCUCAUCCCUGCCACCGGAGGGCAAGCAGCCAGAGAGCAAAGGGCAGCACAGACCAAACUCCUCUCCGGACACCCAUGAGUGGGACGUGGCGGACAGGAAGGACUCUCACAAAACGGGCAGCCCGCACUGUGGGGAGCAGGCGAAGAACCCGACGAAGGGCGGCCACUCGUCGCAGGAGCACAAGGCGGACAGGAAGUGCAAGGAGGAGCACGGCGAUCAACACAAGAAGGGCACAAUCUCGCCGCGGUCACAGUGCGAACGGACGGGGCAGCAGUGUCAGGCCGUGAGUGCAGACAAAACAAACCAACACCAACCCAAGGGCCACCCGGCCGGACAGGCCGAGCACAGCACAGCCCUGCAAGCGGGCGAGCACACUACGAACGCACAGAGAUCGCACGUUGCGAAUCUGCCGAACAAAUGCACGGACAGGACCGACCAUCAGGUGACCAGCGGUCAGCAGCACGCGGGCGAGACGCAACCGGAGCCGCUGCCCGCUCGGCACUCGCAACACCGCAGGGCGCAGGCGGAGCAGUGGCCCGCGUGCGGCGCGCCCGAGCCCAAGCCAUUCGGGGCUGACGAGGAGCUCCGUCGGCCCGAGAAAAAAGCGCGCUCCAAGACGGGCGGCGAGGCAGAGGCGAAGGAGACGGGGAGGCAGAGCGCUCCGUCGAGAUGCUCUCAGGGGGGGGAAGGCGCGGGGCCCAGCAAGGCCGCUCAGGUGGGCGCCGUCGACGCGUGCCCUCACGGGGACGAGCGCUGCAGGGGACCCUGCUCCGCCACGGAGACGGACGUGUGGGUCAGGAUGCGGGACAACCCGCAGCCGCUGCACGCCGAAGCUGCACAACUUGGCAAGGCAAUGUCGCCGAAGGCUCCGUUCGUCAACGAAAACCACAGGGGGCGACAGAGCGCACCCAAGGCACACCCCGCGUGCCCCAGGAAGCCUGCGAACGCCGCUGGCGAGUGCUCGCUUCACGCAGGCGCCCCAUCCGUCACUCCGCCGCCCUCCGACGGUCAUCAGCAAGUAGGGACCGUGAGCAAAGCGCACUCCGCUCAUCCGCAAAUGAUGCAGCCCGGCAGGGUGAUGCAACCCGGCCUGGCCGUAGUUUCCCAGCAGCCUGAGCGGGUAUUGCCUUUUUCACAUUCCCAUAACGGAUACCAUCCGUGUUUGAACAAACUAAAUAUUGGAUACCAACACGUGGACAGCAGCAGACCUCACUCGCCCUGCUUGCCGCCCAGCGGAAGACCGCCCCUGCCCACCCCUUCCCCGGACCACUCGAGGCAGCCCCUCUACGCGCACGCGGUGGCGCACCUGCCCAAGGACAGACACUUUGCCGACUACCAGCACGCCGAGCCUCACCACCAGCAGGAGCACUCGACGCAAGCCACCUACCACAAGAAGACGCACAUCCCCAGGGCCACGGCCGCGGGCCCCCCGCACCCCGACGCGGCGCGGCAGUGCGCCGCGCCGCCGCAGGCUUCGCGCGAGGAGACGCAGCCUCACCGCUCGUGCGAGCACCUCGCCUCCAGGUCGCCCUCGCAUCACGCCGCGGCCGAGCCGGCGGCACGGCCGCCCGCCGUGGCACAGCCCCGGCCAAGGGAAUCGCAGCCCCCGCCGCAGAACUCGGUGCAGCAGCAGCAGCUGUCUCAGCAGCAGCAGCAGGCACAACAUCAGCACCAAGUGCACCCUCAAAAUCAAGGCCAGCCUCAGCAGCAAGUGAACCCAGAUGGCGUGAAACCAUCGGUUAAAAGGAAGCCACUGCUCGGUGUCUCUGCUGCCAGGAAAGGUGAACUCUCGUUGGCUUGUUGGCCAAGUUGCUGAGUCGUUGUGUCAGGCAGCUGCGAUUUAGCGCCCACUUUUAAAGUACAGACAGUCCCCCGAGAUUACGGACGUCCGCACUUACAAACAACCGCACUUAACGAACGAACCGCCAUGAGACGUUAUUCUUUUAACCAUCCGACUUGCGAACGUUCGGUCAUAACUUACGAACCAUACCACCGCGAAACUAUUUUGUUCGGCAGAGCGAUCUUCCGGCGAGAUGAAAUGAGUCCCAGCAUCUCGCGGGAUGCGCUACGACAGUGAACCGUUCAGCGCCAUUUUUUGUAUACUAAACAUCGUGCUCUGUGUUUGUGCUAUGCAUGCUUUUCGAUAUGCUUUGUGACGCUCAUCACGUCUGACUGUGUGUACAAUCUGAUGUCGAGUUCCGAAAUACGAACAAAUGGACUUAACAAACGGGUCUCAGUAACGGUAACCCGUUCAUAAGUCAAGGACUGCCUGUCAAUACUUUAUUGGAUUUAUUUUUACACGCACGUUUCACGCUUGUGACCAUUGCACACAAUUACAAUUUCCGUAUGAUAAAUUGUCAAUAUUUCACACAGUUGGAUGCCCUUUUUCAAAAUAUGAAUCAUUUUACAUUGAUUAUAACUGACCAUUCCCCCCCCCCCCUCAAUCUCAUUUGGAAAUUAUUAAAUUAUUUUAUUUUUUGCUACUUAUAGCAUGUUGGAAAAGCUAUCUGAAUUUUGUUCUAAAAUAACUGAUCAUACUUACUUUACACUCUAUUGUAGAGUUUAUGCGACACUAUAAAUACCUUUAUCGUGUUUACAAUAUAUAGGAAAUAUUUGUGUGAGUAAGUAAGCUAAGAGCAAGUAAACACAUUUUAAGGAUGAAUCAGAAUUACGCAUCACGGUAAAAAACUCUUUGGCCAGUGUCGCAAACACGCCGCCGCCUCCACAUGAAUCGCUUUCACGAUGUUGACGUUCACCUACAGACAUGAAACGAAAUGCCCUUCCCCAAACUGACCGCUGUUGGUUUUGGUUCUCUUGUUUGUAGCAACUCAACAGUCAUCUUAGCCAUCCCUGCAGCUUGACUGUGCGGGGGUGGGGGGGAGCUUCACAGGCAGGCUCCGUCUGAACAGCAUCAGCAGCAACGCUCCGCUGCGAGCGGUCCUAACCCAUCCUGCACGGGACCGCCUUGUCACGUGGCCUCCAAAUGUUCGCAUCACGCGGUCACGCAGUGGCUCUUCAGCGUAAUCCCGCGACUACACAGAGUUGUGCCUAAUACCCCUUUUCCACUGGCACGUCUGAGCAUGGGCCAGCAUGGGGGCCCUCACGGUAUCGGUGGUUUUCCAUCGACUGCAUGCUGAGCCGAGCCAGAACCAAAACCGUGACACACACUGGCCUCGCGAUACAUCCGAGUCCGGCUGAGAGCCAAGCAGGGCCAGGGGCGGAGGUUGAUCAUAUUCAUCGAGAGUUGAGUCAGCCGGGCUGUGACUUGAGUGAUCGAUCUCCCUCGUGUUUGCCUUCCGCUUAGCCUUGAAUCGAUUCUCUCCGCAACCGCAUUGCCAUGAGCUGCUUCACCGUCGAUCCCUUAACCUCGUCUCAAUUCGUCAGCGGCAUAUCCCGUGGUUCUGCAAUGGGGGAACAAACAACCUGGUGAGUUGCGAUGUUGCUGGGCUUGGCACGGCACCGCCUCGACGUGGCUCGGUUGUGCAGUGGAAAAGCGUUACUCGCUAUACUUCACCACUCCUACAGCCCCCAAGCUGGACCGCAAACACAACCACCAUCACCACCAUCACCACGGCUGUCACCGUUACCUCCAGCUCCCCCUGCCCAACCGCUCGUGGACUGGUCGAGGAGGAUUUUAGACCAAGUGGGUCACGUAAAGAACCAGCGACUGGGUCACUCGCGGUGGUGACCUCCCGAGGACGCACAACGAGCUUCACCAGAAAAGGGCCCGGGGUGCCACGAUGGUCCCUCGGCCACACCACACUUUGGCUCGCUCGGCUCGUUGGUAGAGUGGGUGGCCUUUCUAUAGCCGUGUUUACACCCCCCCCCCCCAACAUCCGGAAGGGGCAUGGUAGGCUCACUGAGGUGUGGAGCAUCCAUCCCUGGUUAGCUGUCCCACUCGGUCGUGCCCAAAGCCACCACCGGGGCCUAAAUGUCCAGGCUGGCGAGGCUUGUGACGUCACCACGCUAUCACGUGGCCGGCGGGCGGGGCAGAGCCGCGCGGGACAAACACACGGCCCUUGCUUUGCGACAGGCACAACGUAAUUAGCAACACAUGCCGUAGCGACUACACGUGCAAAACACAACGGGAUACAACGUUAGAUAAAACCCCAAACAUUUAGCGACAAACGAAAACGUCGAAGUGCUCGGUUUAGACAAGGACAGUGACAUCAUUGCAUUGCUUCCCGAGCAGAGCCUCGAGUGGACCAAUCAAUGGCAGUGUAAGCUGGGGAGUUGGCCUGCCUGGUUUGCUAGGCCCCGGUCGCUAACGGGGAGUGAGUGCAAAUACGGCUUCUGUGCUGUCACCUUUUGAGUUAUGGGUGCUGGUAAAAUUAGACGCUGCAUUGGAGUACCGUGACGGGACACUGAAGUCGUCGUGUCACUUGAGUGGUUGGGGCAGUGGUUGGCGUGCAUACUGCAACCCCCGGCGGUGCGAGAUGCCCUUUUCUGGGGGUGCGAGACAUGGCCAGUUUGUUUUUAGAAGCUAAAUAAUCGAAAACACAAAUUUAGCAUGGGCACGCAAGUACAACUAAUUUGUUUCAUUAAACCUAUGUGCUUAUUAACAGUGUACACUUUUUUAACGAUAGAGUACGAAAGGGUGCAAGUCUGCAGUCAGCUAAGGUGAAGAACCACUGGGUUAAUGGAACGCACGCUCCAGCACGUCCAGAAUAUGCAAAUCGCGAGGAAGGACACGAGGCGGAAGGGGCAUGCAGAAUGGAGGCCAUUUCGACGAAACAUUCUCAAGCAGCUGAGUCGGCAGACACAUUUUAGAACGGUGACAAUAACCAGGUCCUCGAAGACAACAAAAGCAAUAGCUACCUGUGAUUUUAAAAUGCCCGAUGUCAAUGGCACACACACACGGUGUACAGUAUAUAUCUCCCUUGCCAUUGUAGGGGAAACGUUUUUAAUAGCACGGGAAAAUGAAACAACAGCGGAGUUGCCAUCAUCAGUCUCCGGUUGGAACGUGUUUAAGUGUUACUACUACUACAUAUUCGUCUCUCUUCGCUUUAGCGUGGAGAAGUAUGCACACACGCACGUGUGCUUAACGCAGACUUGAUUCCUUGCAAAAUGUAUCCGAUUGGUGUUGGAACAUCUGAACACCUGCUGCUUUAUUGGCAGGAAGGAUAAAACGUGUUCUUAUUUUUCGUACUUUGAUACUGGAAAAAAGGGUCGCGUGAUUUAGCUGCUCACCCCGAGCUAUAGAUGCUCUGACACGCGUGGCAUUGCCUUGGUGCUGUUCGACUUUUGGCGUCCUCUGGUCUGACACUGGUGGUGAGACACGGCCAUAAAGAAGGCUGUCUCUGGUGUAGGCCAAUCAGUUUAAAUGACAAUGCAAAUAUAUUUAUCAGCGCAUGUUUGUUUGCAUGUUCACCACGAUUACGCGUUGUUAAUGCAGACUUGAUUUCUUGCAAAAGGUUUUUUUUUGGCGUUUGAACAUCCUAACACCUCCUGUUCUAUUGCCAGAAAGAGUAAAUCCCUAUUCUUUUUUUUCACACAGAUUAUUAAUUUGAUGUCGUGUGACAUGCAAGCCUCAACACGCUUCACGUGUGCCAUGACGCUGUGUAUCGAUGGACGUGGUCAGGCGCGACUGAUUGUUUAACCCACCGUGCUCGUUGAACAGGGUCGGGCCACACAGUGGAGCGCAAAGCGUCAUCCGCGUGCGUGGCCCCCUGCCGCGUCGAGAACAAAGUCCCCGCGGCACUUUGCGAACGCAGUUCCAUUGUCAAAACAUCCUGACUGCCUCUUGUACCAUCUACAGGCCAUGCAUGUUUUUUUUUAAAACACUCUACUGCCCAGCCUUUAUUACUUUUACUAAAAACAAUAAUAUGACUUUACAACUUCUUAGUCAAAUGAAAAUCAAACGCAAUUUUAGAACUUUACACUGCUGUUCGGAACCAUGUGCAGUUUCUGCCCGUACAACACGCGGUUUCACUCUAUGAUACAAGCGAUGUGUUUGACGCAGACACGUGUACAUGCAAGCGCAGCUGGUCAAGUCGACUGCCAGAUGAAGGCUUCCCCAACCACGCCUUGCGGGCCGCGAGGCAUAUUUGACCAUACUUCACCACGCUGGUCAGUGCAGGUCGGUGAAGCUUGUUGGGGCUGAAGAGAGUGGAUGAUUUGCUGCACUGCCCCUCUGCUACACGCAACUGCCACCUGUUACUGCACCCGGCCAUUACGCGAAUUGGUCGCCCAUCCAAGCACUAUCCAGGCUCAACCGCUGCUUAGCUUUUGAGAUCUGACAACGCCUGACAUGCUGUCACACGUAACAUUCAAUCCACGAGGUGUCUCCCACGUUCAUCUGCAAUGACGGCUCUUGAGGCAGUGGUUACAUUUCCACAUUCUCAUGGCAGGGGACACGUCUGCUCAAGGAUUAGAACCAUUUAACAUUUCCCCUCGGCUCGAGGCGCAGUUGUCGGCACGCUGAGCUUGCAAUCCCAGGUCAGUAGAAACCAAGGGGGCAGAUGUCUGAAAUCUCCCUGCCGUGUCCACCCAAGCGCCACAAAUAGGGACUCCGCCACCGUGAGUCUGGCGGCGGGUGACGAUGUGAAUGGGGUAAGGGGCCGUCCAUAAAUGUCGUCACACACCUAGGGGGGAAGGGGGGUCAGGCAUUUGUGAAGAUGUGUGACGAGGGGGGGAGCGGGGGUUUGAGAAAUGUGACGUCACAUCAAAAUGCGCAACUUUAAAUAAAUAUAAACAAUAUUGUUAUAAUAAUACUACUUUUGAUUAAUUUUCAUUAUUAACUAUUUGAUUAUUUAAAUUUAAUAAGGUCACCCUUUAUUUAUUCCAUGAAGGAACAUUUUGCUUCUCCAUGGCAGAAUGGAGAAGCAUACAUUUUGUAAUUUUUUUAAUGAUUGUUAUUAAAAAUUUGAUUCUAAUGAUUCUAGCAGGGCUUUUCAUUCGGUGGAAUGAAUCUGUGAUUGUUAUAAUUGUACUCUCCAUUUUUCUUCGUUUUAUUACAAAGUUUAAAGUAUUUUUGUUAUAGUUAUAAUUACUUUUAUUUAUUUUAUAAUUAUAAGAGAAUUUCAAUAUCAUAUUCUGAACAUCUGUAGUUUUAGUUAGACGUUUAAUAUUUUAAAGUGAAUUUUAUGCUAAAUUUCAGCUUUCCAACGCCUUUUUAGUAGACGUUUUCUCCUACAACACCAGAGUGCAGCGCCACAUUAAAUACGCACUACAAUGACAAUAGUUUAAAGCGAUUUGAAGCAUGUUUUAUUUUCAAAAUGGAAAUAUGGUUUGGAGGGAGGGGCAGAGCUCUGUGACGUCAUAUUUAA